GAAGAGUCUCCUUCAAUCUGCUGUUAGUAACUAACACACACACUCACACACCGAGACUCAAUUACUGCCCAAUUCCCUUCUUUAUCAUUCGUCCCCGACCUCUUUCAUAACCAAAACCGACCAAGGAAAAAAAGAGGCGACAAAGAAGACCGAGCCGAAGUGUUAGUUCAACUAAAAACCCACGUUGGAAAUAAGUAAAGUGUCGAAACUAAAAGAAGGUGUUACAGCAGUUAUGUCAAAGAGCUGAAGACAUCUCUAACAAUAUGGAGUCUGGAGAGCGGCUGGCCUCCCCUGCGCCCACCCUGUCUGCUGCUCGCACCUCCUCCCCUGCGGCCUCUUCCUCCUCCUCCUCCUCUUCCUCCUCCUCCUCCUCUUCCUCAUCUUCAUCAUCGCCUGCACCCCACUCUAAGAGCAGCCUGGCCCCGAGCCCCUCGGCACUGGGAUCCACCCUCAGCACCUCUGGCCGUCUGUUUGGAGCAGCGGGAGAGCAGCCCUUCAUUGGCUCCACAUUGUCAAGUGCCUUCCCUCUGGUCAACCACCCAGCCUUCGGAGCCCUCUACACUGCCGGAGCGGGCAGGCCCGAGUUUGGAGGCCUGGGCUCCCUUGGCAUGUCAGCUGCUUUGGCUGCCCACCCCCAGCUGGGAGCCCUCUCUGAAUGGUGGAGAGCUGCUGAAGCCCAUGGACGAGGAGCUGCUGCCUUUCUCCCCUCUUUCAUAGGCUUCCCACCAUUCUUCACUCCGCACAUUCAGCCCAACCACAGCGCCAGUCCUGUUCAGAUCAGGAUGCCGAGCAAGAACAGCCAUACCCCACCUAAAGGGGUGAAUGGCGCAGUGAACGGCAGUGGGGUCUGUCCUCCCACCACACAAUCAGGGAGCGUUUCUGUGAGUCCAACUCCUGUUCAGGCAUCAGCCAAGCCAGCCAAAAACUCAGACCCCUCCAACAGCCACCGUAGCAGCCCGCAGAACAAUCCAGCAGAUUUGUUAGAAAAGACGAUUCAGAAGCCUAAAGAGAAGAAGGCACGAAAGAAGCAGGCAGAAGCUGCUUUGGCGAGCAACAGCGAAUCAGGCACAUCUUCAGACAGUUCGAGCGACGGCUCCCUCAGCAGUGAUCUGGAGGACUUACCAGAGGAUGAUGAAGAUGACGACGACGAUGAUGAGGACGACGAAGAAGAGGACAAACAGAGCGAGUUUUCAGACUCUGAGAAGCGCACAAAGAAGAAAGCAAAGGUUUUGAUAUCAACCACUGGAACUGCAAAGACUGAAGCAGAAAACAAAAAAGACACCCAGAAAGUCUCUUCCAACCCCCCAACCCUCGUGCCCCUGCCCUGCUCCGUCUCCCCUCCCGCCUUGUCCCAAACAUCCCCACUGGCCCUGCACAGCUCCAGAUCCCGAGCGGAGGGGCAACAGCAGCACUUCAGUGUGAUCCAGUCUACUGGCCUGGCGGCAAACUCAAAGCCCCUGGCGCUCCUCUCACAGCCCCGCAGAGAGUCGUCCCCGUCUUCCUCCCCCAUAGCUCUCACCACAUCUCCAAAGGCGCUCUCCAGCACUGCCUCUCCCAAACCUCCCAAACUGCUGCCCUCCUCCUCCCCUCAGCACCUGCCCCUCUCCCUCUGCUCCUCCCCGAAGCCUCUCUCAGUCCCCUCUCCUCCCCGCUCCACUCUCCCAGUGUCUACCUCCCCAAAACCCUUCGGUUUGACCUCAUCUGUAACAAGUUCCCAGAAGUCCUCGCUGAAGCCACCAAAGCUCACUGUUCCUGGCUCCGCCAAAUCCAACAAGAGGAAACUGCUGGAAGCUUCACUUGCGCAGAUCAAUGAGUUCAGGCUCAAACAGACUCUCAUGUCCCAAGGGCAGACGUUCCCAGCUGAGCUGAAGAAGCAGCAGCAGGGGCCAAACAAAUCUCCCAAGAGGACAUCUCUGUCUUCAUCCCCAUUGCCACCCGUUCCUCCUCCUCCGCCCCAGAACAAUCACUCCAACCUCUUCCUCUCGAGUGCCCUGCUGGGGCUCCCUGAACCCCAUCACCCAAAUGGAGUCAUCCAAAGCACCACUCAGGACGCACCUUUGGCCCUCAUCACCAAACCUCGCAAAGACUCGGCCUCUCAAGGCAAGUCUCCUCAGCGCGACUCGGACCUUGGGUCGAUGCCUGUCAAUCUGAGCACAGGGGCGAGUCGGACCCCAGCAGCCGCCCAUGCUGGGCCUCCUUCACAGCCCCCCACUACCUCACCCCAUGCCACAGGUCAUGGAUCCAGAAAGAACAAGACUCCCAAGGCAAAGGGACAGACCCCGGGACAGGGACAGGGACAGGGACAGGGACAGGGACAGGGACAGGGACAGGGACAAGCGGACCCUUUAGCUGCCUGGAAGGGCUUUUCUCAGAACCAUCUGGUACAGUCUCUAGUAGAUUUGUUUCGAGGAGGAGAGUCUGGGAUUGGGAUUCCUGGAGUCAGUAUCCCUGGAGUUGGAGUCCCCGGGGUGGGAAUCCCUGGGACGUGUAACCCCACAGCUGGUCUCCCCGCUAACAAGGAAUCUGACGACUCAGGAGAUGAUGAUGACGAUGAGGAUGACGACCUCGAGGAGGAGGAGGAGGAGGAUGAAGAGGAUUCCGAUGAGAGCCUGUCAGAGUCUGACAGCAACUCAGACAGUGACAUAUCUGGCAAGAAAGUGAAGGAGUUAAAGCUGCUGCCGUCUGGAUCUUCUAAGAAGGAGAUGACUCCCCGUAGGCUAACCAAAGGCGCAGAACUACUGAACACCUCAACCAAUCACACCGCCACCAGCUGCUCCCCUCUCAAUCUGCAGGUCGUCAAGUCUCCCUCCAUUGCCACCAGCUCCAGUGCCUUGGCCUAUCAUAGCUCUCCAGGCUCUUCGUCCUACAGCCUGGCCUCUCCUCUGGGCUUAGGAAAGAGGAAGAGGGUGAUGGAUGAGAAAGAGUUGAUGAUACCUCUGGAGUUGGGAUGGCGGAGAGAAACCAGAAUCAAAUCAGUGGCUGGACGGCCGCAGGGCGAAGUGGCCUACUAUGCCCCCUGUGGCAAGAAACUGAGGCAAUACCCGGAUGUGAUGAAGUAUCUAUCCAGAAAUGGAAUAAGUGGCAUCACGCGUGAUAAUUUUAGCUUCAGUGCAAAGAUAAGGGUUGGUGACUUCUAUGAAGCCAGAGAAGGACCCCAGGGUUUACAAUGGAGCCUCUUAAAGGAAGAGGAGGUCAUUCCUCGUAUUUUGGCAAUGGAAGGUCGUAGGGGUCGUCCCCCGAAUUCUGAUCGCCAGUUAGCGGGCGACACUGCCAAAGGCAACCGACGGAGAAAGGGGCGACCCCCGAAUGUGGGCGAUCCACUGGUGCCCGAGGGCCCCAGUCCCAGUGAGGUCAAACUUCUGCGCAAGCUGGAAGCUCAAGAAAUAGCUCGACAGGCCGCCCAGAUGAAACUGAUGAGAAAACUGGAAAAGCAAGCACUGGCCCGUGCAGCCAAAGAGGCUCGCAAACAGCAAGCUAUCAUGGCAGCGGAGGAGCGAAGGAAGCAGAAAGAGCAGAUCAAAAUUCUCAAACAGCAAGAAAAGAUCAAGCGCAUUCAGCAAAUUCGGAUGGAGAAGGAACUCAGAGCGCAGCAAAUUUUGGAGGCCAAACGUAAGAAGAAGGAAGAAGCCGCCAAUGCCAAAAUAUUGGAAGCUGAAAAACGCAUAAAGGAAAAGGAGUUGAGGAGACAGCAGGCGGAGAUUCUGAAACACCAGGAGUUGGAGAGGCAUAGACUAGAUAUGGAGAGGGAGAGGAGGAGACAACAUGUAAUGCUGAUGAAGGCUGUCGAGGCGCGCAAGAAAGCAGAGGAGCGUGAACGCUUGCGGCAGGAGAAAAGAGAUGAAAAGCGCCUGAAUAAAGAGCGUAAACUGGAGCAACGGAGACUGGAGCUGGAGAUAGCAAGGGAACUGAAGAAGCCAAAUGAAGAUAUGUGUCUGUCUGAUCAUAAGGCUCUCCCAGAGUUUUCUCGCAUUCCCGGACUAAUCCUUCCGGGACGUGCUGUGUCGGACUGCCUCAUGCUGAUGCAGUUUUUGCGAGGCUUUGGGAAGGUUUUGGGUCUGGAUCUGAAUGUGGAUGUUCCCACCCUGGGAAUGUUGCAGGAGGGCUUACUAAAUGUGGGGGACAGCAUGGGCCAAGUUCAGGACCUCGUGGUCAAACUGCUUUCUCUGGCAGUUUGUGAUCCUGGUCUGCCACCUGGGCAAAAGACUAAAACCAUGCUUGGGGACCACCUGACCAACGUUGGCAUCAACAGGGAUAACGUCUCUGAGGUGCUGCAGAUGUAUAUGGGAGCGCAUUGUGUCAAUACAGAGUUGGCUCCUCUGGCCCUCAGUUUGAAGACCAAGGCCUUCCAGGCUCACUCGCCUGCCCAGAAGGCCUCAAUCCUGGGUUUUCUGGCAAAUGAGCUGGCCUGCAGCAAGGCGGUCAUCAGCGAGAUUGAUAAAAGCCUGGAUCAAAUGGCAAAUAUGAGAAAGGACAAGAUCAUCACGGAGGGAAAACUGAAGAAGCUGAGGACCAUUUAUGCCAAGCGGACUGGGAAGAGGGAGGCCAGUGUGGGUGUGGAGGAGAACCAGUCCAUUGGCACUCCGUCCUCUGCAGUCAAACGCAAGAGGAAGAUGGGUGCGGACAGCGACGAUGAUGACGACGACGACGACGACAGCGAUGACCAGGCAGACGAGGACGACGAUGAGGAGGAGGAAGAAAUUAAAAAGGUUAAAAAAGUCGAGACAUAUGAUGAGGAUGAUGUUGACCAUGCUACCAGCAUUGAGGAGCUGGAGAAGCAAAUAGAGAAAUUAGCCAAGCAACAUCAUCAGACCAGGAAGAAGCUGUUUGAGAUAUCCCAUUCUCUGCGCUCCAUGAUGUAUGGACAGGACCGAUACCGUCGUCGAUACUGGGUGCUGCCGCACUGUGGAGGGGUCUUCAUUGAAGCCAUGGAGAGCGGAGAAGCUCCAGAGGAACUGGAGGAGGAGCGACAGAGGAGGAGGCGAGCGGCAGAGGAGGUCAAGGUUAAAGAGGAACCUCAGGAGAUCGAAUUGCAGAAGGAGAAACCCGCCAACAUGGAGGGCCAGAUCAUUCGAACACAAGGCUUAGUGCAGCAGAAAGUGGAGGAAAAGGAGCACGAGGGGAAGAAAAGCUCCCCGACUCACUUCUACCAGCAGGCGGGCUGCGUGUCCAAACUGUGCGCUCUUCGAGAAGUCAGCAAGGAGUCUGUGAAGGCGGAGGACAAGGAGAGUCCUCACAUGAGACAGAGAGGCAGUCCCCUGGGCGCCCCCAUCGCCACAACCACAGUGACAUCGUCCUCCCCCACGAGCAAUACCCCGGAGCCAGCAACAGCAACCACUCCCUCCAUGGUGACCACGAACGACACUGCAAACAUCCUUCCCCCAACUUCGACUUCGUUAUCUGUCCCGUACCUGCCAGCUCCACGUGAAAGCCCAGGGAACACUCCCCCCACCUCGUCCCCCCACUUCUCCUUUCAGACCAACGACCAGCUGCUCAGAGUCCUCACGGAGAGGAGCGGACACUGGUUCAGUCUGCUCCCUCGCAACCCCUGCGACCUCGCGUCGCUCACCACAACGCCUCCAGGAGCGCAGCGCGUGUCCCCGCAGGCGUCCUCCACGCCGGGGAGAGCCCGGUCCCCGCCCCCCUCCCCCGCCCUCCCCCUCACCCCUUCUGCCGCCUCGGCCUCCGCCAGCCCGCACCACCCAGCCGGCCUCCUCAACUACCCACUGUCUGCUCUGCAGGUGAAAUCAGGCGGCUCGUUGCUUGGGGUUUCUUUCGGAAGCUGGCCCAGCGGCGUGAUCAGUCCCAGCCUGCCGCUGUGCAGCAGCCCCAGCCCCGUGCCGGGUCAUUCUCUGGAGGGCAACACAGCAGCAAGUGUCUCCAGUAAGAGUGAAUCACCUUUACCUCGCAUUGAGAAAAUGUCCGCGAUCCCCUCACCUGCCUUGGAGAUGCCCAAAUCCCUCGACCACCCCAUACCGCGGCCCAUUCCAGAGGAGAUGCUGACAGGCUGGUGGCGAGUGUCUGACAUCGAAGAGCUGAGGGCUCUAGUCAGUGCUCUGCACAGCCGAGGAAUCAGGGAGAAGGGUCUCCAGAGGCAGAUGCAGAAAUACAUGGAGAUCAUCCCCCAGGUCUGCACCAAACACAGAGACGUGGCCAUGAUCGAGCUCCAUGAGCUGGAAGAAAGCCAGGUCAGUGUGGAGUCGGUGCGAGGCUGGUGUGUGGAGGAGCAGGCCAUGGAAAUGGACAUAGCUGUGCUGCAACAGGUUGAAGAACUGGAGAGGAAGGUCACUGCAGCCAGCCUGCAGGUCAAGGGCUGGACGUACCCAGACCCUCAGUCCGAGCGGGAGGACCUAGUGUAUUACGAGCACAAGCCGCCCACCAAGACCACGCCAGCAUCAUCGGGGGACAAGGACUCCAGGGAGCACCCUGAGGAGCGGGGGGACAAGGGUGGGGUGAUGCGUCACCCGGACAACCCUCUGGACAUUGCAGUGACACGUCUGGCCGAUCUGGAGCGCAACAUCGAGAGAAGGUACCUGAGGAGCCCCUUAGGUACCACCAUUCAGAUCAGGCUGGAUAAUGUGGGUACGGUCACUGUCCCUGCCCCCGCCCCAUCCACUAGUGCUGACAGGGAAGGCGGUGAGGAGGAGGUGGCCCACGGCAUGAAGGUUUGGAGGAAGGCCUUGAGUGAAGUGCGCAGCGCUGCCCAGCUGGCCAUGUGCAUCCAGCAACUGCAGAAGUCGAUUGCCUGGGAAAGGUCCAUCAUGAAAGUGUACUGUCAGAUGUGCAAGAAGGGGGAUAAUGAGGACCUUCUCCUGCUGUGUGACGGCUGUGACAAAGGCUGCCACACUUACUGUCACAAACCCAAGAUCACCAGCAUCCCCGAGGGAGACUGGUACUGCCCAGCCUGCAUCUCCAAGGCGAGUGGUCCGUCUCCCAAAAGCAAGAAGCCUCCAGCUAAACCAGUAGCAGCUAGCGGGGGCGGCGGCAAGAAAGGGGAGGUGAAGAAGAACGGGAAGCAGGCGGGAAACGGAGAAGUGUCGGAGGACGACUCAGCCAGCGCCAGCAGCACCCCCAAGAAGGGAGCAAAGGACGCCAACAGGAAGAGGAAGACGGAGGAGGGCUCGCCCGCUCCGGUCGCAGCCAGUCAGGAGAGCCCUGUGUGUGUGAAGAGAGCCAAGACAGCUCGAGACAACAACAGGGACCUGGGGCUGUGCAGGGUACUUUUGGCAGAGUUGGAGCGGCAUCAGGAUGCAUGGCCUUUUCUCACACCUGUCAACCUCAAAUCGGUCCCCGGAUACAAGAAGGUCAUAAAGAAACCGAUGGACUUCUCCACCAUACGUGAGAAGCUUGUGAGCAGCCAGUAUCAGAACCUGGAGACUUUCAUCAUUGACGUCAACUUGGUUUUUGAUAACUGUGAAAAAUUCAAUGAAGACAAUUCAGACAUUGGCCGAGCCGGCCAUAACAUGAGGAAGUUCUUUGAGAAGCGCUGGACUGAGCUUCUGAAACAAACGAACUAAAAGUCUGUUCAGACCCCCCCCCCCCCAACAUAAAAACCCAUUCAACCUUUCAUACCGGAGCACCAGGUUUUACUUUUGUUUUUCUUUGUCUGCGGGCUGGAAGAAGAAGCUGACUCCUCAAUAAGGAACCCUUGGUGUGCUUUAGAGAGAUGUCACCUUGCGAAAAUAAAAAACUAAACUUGUUACAUGAGGUGCGCUGGAUUUAUUACAACAGGGAUAAAAGCCCCAAAGAGUCCCAGAGAAAUGGGGUGUCCUAGUGCAAUACCAUUCCCUGUCUCAAAACACUGCACUGAAUGAAUCCUCUAAUGUCACUGAUAUGUCUGCGCUAGAAUACUUUCCACUACUUGUAAAUAAGUCUUUUGUUAUUUAAUCGUAUUAUAGUGAAUGUAUUUAAUUUUGUAAUAAUUAUUUAUGAAUCAAGGUCCACUUCAUUUUCUAUGAAAAGGAGGAAUCAGCCGAAACUGCUAUGAAUUUAAAAAAGAAAAAGAAAACAAAAAAAAAAAGGAAUGUGUCUUUGUGUUAUAAUUUUUUUUUCUUCUCCCAAAUAUCAAACAAAGCCAAGAAAAAAAAAAAAGAAACUGUUUACACUGUUCAGUGCUUUGGGGCAUCAGAGGACUGUAUUCAUUUGUUCAAACUGUAAAACUGCAUUUAUUUACAGGAACAGCAGAGGAACAGUUAGACGAUGGUGAUUCAUGUGUAUAUACUGUUUAUUAAUGUCAAUAUUAUGUCUUGUUUGGAACGAUGUGUAAAAAAUUGUUUAAGAAUAUUAAGAUAUUGUUUAUGCCUUAGAAUGAUUGUAGCAUUCUAUUUUAGUGAACGUGAUGAAAACAUUAUCAUAAAUAUUGUUUGUACAGUAUAUACAUAUCCUCUGCAAACACUGUGGUAUCCUUAAUCUUGGUAGUGCCUACCCUUCCAACAGGGGCAUGUAGGGGAUGUUAUUGUUUUUAGUUUUCAUUCUUAUGACAAUUAUUUUUUUAUAUGAUUUCAAUCCAACAAGGCCUCCAAAGUUGGACAGUGACACAGAAAUCAUUCCUCACCAUAGCAGAAGAAAAAGGAACAACCAAGCAUUCACUUAUGCUUCCAUAUUGCAUUUCCUCGCAAUCUGCCACAAUACAGAGGACCUAAGGCCAUUUGUAACCACUGUGUUGAACCUUGCUGUGUGUUGUGGCCUGAUGGAGGCAGCUAGAUUUUUUUGUACCCAAGUCGAAAGUACUUGAAGUUACUUUAUUUAAGAUAUUGUGGAAUAAAAGUAUCAUUCUUUUGUAGGAGCUUUAUUUUUCACUAGUGUGUGGCACGGACCUAUUAAAAGGAUGUUUUUCAACGUAA